UAAGCUCCAGUUCCAGUAGUAGGCCAACAGCAGAAACUAUUCCUGUGCUGUUCCAGCUAAAUUUUUUUUUUGGAUUUGCUAAAAGAGUAUUAUAAUUAGGAUUAGAAAGGCAUAAUUGCCAUACCCAAUUAGCAUUCACUACACAGUACUACUUUACUUGGUCAGUUUACCUUCUGCUAAAGACAACAAACAGCACAUCAAACACUUCUCCCUCUCCCCACUGCACUACUGCUCUCUCUCUCGCACUCCCUCUGUUAAGACCUCUAGCCCACCAUUUUCACAACCAAACAAACACACCUCCAUUGAUUUUAUUUUUCUUUUCCUUCUGUUUCUUGCCAACCCAUCUCCACAGGAAAGGAGGAAAGAAAAGAAAACUAUCAAAUCUUGCAUUAUUUUCCAUAACCAUGACCAUAAAACCCAAGUAAAAAACAAAGGAAAUGGACACAGAUAGACCCCAUCAUCGUAGCAACAGCAGUAACAAUAGUAGUAGCAGUAGUAAUAGCACAAGUGAGCUCUUUAUUUGCUUCACAUCUCGUCUCUCUUCUUCUUCCUCCAUGAAGAUCUCUUCUAAAUCUAUUCUCAGCCCUGGUCGUUCAAGGGAGCCAACAUCUCAAAUCUCACUCUCUAACUCUCUCAGUAGAAGAUUAAGGACUAACGGUAGCAUGAAAGGUGGUCAAGCUUCUCCUAUGUUUCCUACUAACAAUAGUGGCAAGAAAAGAGGUUCUUUUGAAAAUCCUGAACCCUCUUCACCAAAAGUUACUUGUAUUGGUCAAGUUAGAGUCAAGACCAAGAAACAAGGCAGGAAAAUGAGAAGUUCAAGAUCUCAAAGGAGGGGAGGAGGUGAGGUAAGUUUUAGAAGAGUAGACCAAACUAACAACAGCAAUAACACUGGUAAUAAUUUUCAAGUGAGUAGCAGUACACAUCAAGAUUUUAGCCAUACCCAUCAAGGAAACAAUCAACCAGAGUGUUUGCCACAUAGAAAUCAGAGAUGGGUACAUUUGCCUUUAACAAUAUGUGAAGCUUUAAGGGCAUUUGGUGCUGAGUUUAAUUGCUUUCUUCCUUGUCGCUCGUCAUGUAUGGCAAGUGAGAAAGAGAAACAAGAAAAGGCUGCUGCUGGCGGUGGCGGUGGCGGUGGUGGAUCUAGUGAGGGAAGUUCUUGCGGAGCAGUGUUCGCAAGGUGGUUAAUGGCUGUGCAAGAAGGUGAUGAUCGAAAGAGAAGAGAGAUAGAGCUAGUGGUUGGAGAAGAAGUAGAAGAAGAGGAAGAAGAAGAAGAAGAAGAAGAUUUUACAGAGAGGAGGAGGAGCUAUAGGAGACAUGUUUUUGAAGAGAUUGAAUUUAAUGAAGAGAAGUUUGGAGUAGGAAAUGAGAGUAUACAGGAUGAGGAAGCUGCAAGAGUCAGUAUUUGUAUCCCACCAAAGAAUGCUUUGUUAUUGAUGAGGUGUAGAUCUGAUCCUGUUAAAAUGGCUGCUCUUGCUAAUAAAUUCUGGGAAGCACCUGCUCCUAAUAAUGAGAAUCAGGAAGCUGACGAUAAUGAUGUAAAUGAGGAGAAAGAAGAAGAGAAGAAGGGCAGUAAUAUUCAUAAUAAUGUAGAAGUUGGAGAUGGUGAUGUUGAACUUGGGAAAGUAAAAGCUGAUGAAGAAAUGGAGCAAACAGAGGAUUUGGUUGAGGAAAAGUUGGUUUCUUGUCAAGCUCAUGAAAGUGAAGUCGCUUUUGAGGACCAAGAUGGAAAAAAUUACCAAGAUACAGCAACAGAUACUGAUGGUUUAGAAACGACAGCAGAUAUUGAUGAAACAAAUUUACUGCAGCAAACAGAAUUGGCGCAAGAAACUCUUGCGGGUGUUUCUUCUUCCAUUAAUGAAGCAACUGAAGAUCCACACAAGUUAAAGAUUGAAGAAAAUGAAGAUAACGAUAAUCAUAUGUACGAAGAAAAUGAAAAUGGAUAUGAAGAUGAAGAAGAUAAUAUCGAGAAGAUAAGUUCAGUACGUCUGUCCGUACAUCAAGAAUCUGAAGAAGCAAUCCAAGAAUUAAAAUCAGCAGCUGAAGAAGAAGAAGAAGAAGAAGAAGAAGGAGAAGGAGAAGGAGAAGGAGAAGGGCAAGGAUUGGCAAUUCAAGAAUCAAAGGAAGAGAAAGAGACCACAGAAGAAAAGACCUUCAGUCAAGAACAGGGAACAGUGACUACCCGUGAAAGAUCCGAAUCCAAACAUGUCGAAGACCCGAAAACCCAAGUAGAAGAAACGGGUACGAAGUCAAAGGAAAGAGAAAAUCAACAACCAUUACUACCAGAUUGCUUGCUGUUAAUGAUGUGUGAGCCCAAGCUGUCAAUGGAGGUAUCCAAGGAAACAUGGGUCUGCAGUACGGACUUCAUCAGAUGGUUACCAGAACAUUCAAGGCCUCCUCAGGUCAAGAAAAGGGACGGUGGAGAUCAACCCAAGAAAAGAAUCAGCAUUGACAAUAAUCCUCCUUCAGUGCAGGGUAACCCACCACAGCAGCCACCUAGGUCUUCUUGUUCGUAUCCAGCUAAGCCGCCGUCUCGUGCAGCCGGCGCUGAGUCCAUGACUACAGCUAUAGAGAGGAAGCUGGUUGGAACCACCAAGGCGUAUGAGCCAUUUGUUCUUACUCGAUGCAAGUCAGAGCCGAUGAGGUCCGCCGCCAAGCUUGCACCUGAGCCUUGUUUCUGGAAAAACAGGCAGCUCGAGCCGCAUCGUCCGGCUACACUCGGGGUAGGCGCGGCUGGGGUUGGGUUUUAAUUGGGGAGUUAGACUUUUUAGAAGAAAAUACAAGGCGUGGUAAAGUUUGUACUAGUAAAACUGUAGUUUUUGUAGUCUGUUUCAUAGUGAUUUUACUGCUGUGGCAUCCUUGUAAAUCUUAUUUUCGUUAUAUUUUUAGCAAAUUUUUUUAUCUUUAUUUAA